CACGCGCGUUCACAUACACUGCCCUGCACUCAGCACAGCAUCGCAGCAGCAGCAGCAAGCCUCCAUUAUUGACGCGCAGUCAGUCCCAAAUCCGCCGAAAGACCAAACACCAGCCAUGGCACCAGAUCUCGGCAGCUUCUUCGUCUCUUCCUAAGCAGUUAGCUAGCCCACCUUCUUCAUCAAAGAACCGAGACGAGAGCUAGGGAGAACCCCGGCCGGCCUUGGGGGAGGGAGCCUACUUGCUCGAGGGAGAUCUAGAGAUGGCCGGGGUGAGCGCCGGCACAGGGGCGAUGGGUUCCCUCCUGGGCAAGCUCACCGCCUUGCUCGGCGACGAGUACAAGCUGCUCAAAAGGGUCCGCAAGGAGAUCGAGUUCCUCAAGCGCGAGCUCGGCAGGAUGCAGGUCCUGCUGGAGAGGCUGACCGACAUGGAGGCCAGGCUCGACGGCCUUGGCAAGAGCUGGGGGGACAGCGUGCGCGACCUCAGCUACGACAUGGAAGACUGCAUCGACCGCUUCAUGGACCGGCUUGGAAGCGGUGACGCCAAGCGAGGGUUCAUGAAGAGGACGGCGCGCCGGCUCAAGACUCUGUGGGCGCGCCACGACAUCGCGACCCAGAUCAAGGAGCUCAAGGCUCGCGUCAUGGAGGAAAGUGAGCGGCGUGACAGGUACAAGCUUGACGAGAGUUACUACAGUCCAACGAAAACGGUGGAGAUUGACCCACGGAUAACCUCGCUUUACGAGGAGGUCAAGGACUUGGUGGCAAUGGACGGCCGAGUGAAGCAAGUCACUGCUUUGUUGAUGGAUGAGAGUAUGGAGCUGAAAGUGGUGCCGAUUGUCGGGUCCGGAGGGUUGGGAAAAACGACCCUGGCCAUGGAGGUGUACCGCAAGAUUGGAUUAGGAGGAGACUUCCAGUGCCGAGGUUUCGUGUCGGUGUCACGUACUCUUGAUCUAGAGAAGCUCUUGAAGGAUAUCUUAUCUCAGAUUGAUAAAGAUGCUUAUGAAAACUGUAAGCGUUGGGAAAAAGAACAAUUAAUCCGUGAAACAAAACAGAUCUUGAUAGGAAAGAGGUAUGAAGUAUACAUUGUCUUGUUUUAUUUAUUUACUUAUCCCUAUUUGUAUUCAGUUAUCCAACAUUAAUUAAUAACAAUAUUUGGAAGAACUAUAAAUAGCUAGCUUUAACCAGGCAAAGAUCGAAUGGUUAGCUUGAGUUCCAU